AUGGUGGACGAUGAGGGCAAAGAGCGACAAUCAGACACAGAGACAAGCAAUUCGAGUCAGAUUGGAUGGGUAACGUUUGACGAACCAGACACAGAUGAACCAGAGUGCCUCAAAACUUCGGAUCACAAGCAAAUUUGUGCGCAAAAGGGACAACAUAUUGCACGCUUAGGUGAGUCUCAGCAAUGCUCUUUACUUGCUAAUCGAAGAUCGAUUCAUUGCUUUGAAAGUCAUCGGAAAUUGUUCACCUUCCUACUAUUCCAAGACGAGAGAAGUGCAAUUUAAUCUAGGAAAUCAUGCAAGAGUUUUAAUUUGGGGAAAUUCGGUCACUCGGCCUCAGCGAUCUUGAUUCUUGGUGCUGAGAUUGAUAGAUAAUUGAAUUUUCUCAAAGCAGCUAGGAUAGUUGAACCUUUAUUGGAACAGAUCAAAACGAAAAAAAAAAAGAACUUAACUGGAUUUACUUACUGAUUUGGAAUAUGCAAUUGAGGUUGUUAGCGGAUGUGAUGGCAGAGAAAAAAAUUAACUGAUGGCUACUGGGGCAAAUUUCUCCUUCAGUCCAUUAACUUCUAAGAAUGACUGGCUUCUAAUUUCUCUUUACAGUAUCACCCCUGAAUCAAAUGUUGAAGUGUUGAGAAUAAAGGAAAUGAUCAACAAUUAAAGGAGCUUAUGGUUAUUAAAACAAUUCUCCUUGUCAGCAGCUAAGGAAAUGUGUAGAGAACAGUAUGGAGAAUAUACAUAUGGAUGUUGGGAUGUAGAGGAUUAAUAAUGAUUCAUUGCAGAAGAGAUAGGUGUGAUGUCUGAAUUACUUCCUUUUUUUCUCAGAGAGGGAGCUUCAGAGACUGCAGGAUAAGAAAAGAACACCUCUUUCAUCCAAAGAAAUGAUAAAAACUUUGCAAGAAGCCAGAGAUACUCAUAUGAAACACUUUAUGGACAGGCCUGAACAAUCAGAGGCAUUUUUGACAGACGGAGGUGAAAGAAAUGAUAACUCUUGUUGCUUUCCUGUAUACAGAGUAGUGUUUCCUAAACAACCACUCAACAAUGAAGAACUUGAGUGCUUGGUCGAAGAUAAUGAGGAUAAUAAU